CUGAGACAAAAACAGCAGCUAAGUCUGGCUCCCUAAUCCUAACUGAAUGGACGGAUGAAGGGGCUGUAAUUCUGGUAGUGCCAUUUUAAAUGAAGAAGCGUUGGCUGGACGACCAUCGUGUUUUUCUGGCUUUUCAGAGAAUGUAGCACAGAAUGGGUGAAGUUCAAAAGGUAUGUGCAGGGGGUUGCUAUGAAAUUAUGGCAUGCAUGAGCCUGUGUAGGAGGAUAACAGAUUAGAAAGCUACAUUUAGAGCUGUGUUUAUGGGCACAUAUGAAGUUAAAUUUCUGCCCAUAACUAUGUUUAAAUAACUAUGGAUAACUAUUGACAUAAACUGUUUAAAUAUUAAGAGAGCGUAGGACAUGGUUUCACAAAGGUUUCACAAAGGUUUAAUCAUUAAACAAGCUAUGGUAUGUUGAAAACCAAAUACGGUAGUACGAUUUAGGACAAAACUGCUAUUUUGGAAAAACGUGGUAUUGGAAAAAAGGUCCAUCUUGUUUUUUGGGUCUACGUUUUGUAGUUCGUUAAUUAAGUCACGGCUGUAGACAGUGUAACUCACUCAACUGUGAAAUGUCAUAAAUUGGAAGUGAAUUUGAAAUUGGUUGAGCUCAAAACAUUUCUGACUUAGAAACUUUUUCCAAUUCAGCUAUGUUGACUUUAUAUUUGAAAUUCACUUUGCAUUCCCAAAAAUGAACACUCAAUAUUUCAUGAAUAAACUCCAAAAUACUAUGAAAAAUAGCAAUUGAAGUUAGUAUUUUAACGUGUAUUAAGGCUCAUCGUUGCUAUUUACCAUUAUUGAGGUAAAUGUUGGUUGUUUACAUUGAAAUUAAUGUGAAGAGUGUUUCUUGUCUGAGUGCUGUUUAUGAAGAGUAUUGGGCUGAAACAAUAAAUGUCAAUGUCACAAGAUUAGAUAAUGAACACUGAAAUCUGUGGACAGUUACAAUUAACAUACACUGUGUGUGAAAGGAGCGAUCACUUUAUUAGUCUCAGUCAAUGUAUUUAAAUAUUUACUGGUUUGAGGUGUCCAGUGGAGACAAGUAAAAUAAAAUAAAUACAUUUUUAAACAGCACAAUUUUUAGACUUCUGGACAAUAGGUGUUGCUAAGUUCUCAAAACAUUAUUUUACCAUGAAUCCCAGCAUUAACACACAAGUCCGAACAAAGAGGAUCAUGGGACAUUUGUAAUUUACAUCAGAAGCCAACCUCUAAACACCUAGUAGCUACAGUGCCUUACAUUAUAGCCUUAAGUUCAAUGUUUUAUUAAUCUGAAUGUUAUGUGAUGGAUCAGAACACAAUAGUCUAAGUUGGUGAAGUGAAAUGAGAAAAAUAUAUACAUAAAACUAUUUUUUAGAAAUAGAAAACAGAAAAUUGGCAUGUGCGUAUGUAUUCACCCCCUUUGUUAUGAAGCCCAUAAAAAGCUCUGGUGCAACCAAUUACCUUCAGAAGUCACAUAAUUAGUGAAAUGAUGUCCACCUGUGUGCAAUUUAAGUAUCACAUGAUCUGUCAUUACAUACACACACACACACACACACACACCUUUUUUGAAAGGCCCCAGAGGCUGCAACACCUAAGCAAGAGGCACCACUAACCAAACACUGCCAUGAAGACCAAGGAACUCUCCAAACAAGUAAGGGACAAAGUUGUUGAGAAGUACAAGUCAGGGCAGUGGCGUACUAAGGAGGGGGCGGUCCGCCCCGGGUGCCACCAGGGUGGGGGGUGCCUUGGGAGGGGGCGCCGCCAGGAGCGCCGGCCCCCCUCAUGCUGCAGCCGCCCGAGCGCUCUGUAGAGAGCCUCAGGCAGCUGCAGCUUUGCCCGCCCGGGCGCAGCAUGGGGAGAGGGGCUGACAGGAGGGAAGCGCUCAGCGCUCCCUCCUGUCACUCCCUCUCUGUAGCGUGGCCGAGCCCUGUAUCAUGGUCCACGGGUACAGGGAGCUUUUGUUUCCUGUACCCGGCCGGACUAAAAGGAAGUGCACACUGAGGUAGGGGGGGAGGGGGAGGAUAAAUAAAGAUUGGGAGGGGAAUAAGAAAUUGGGAGGGAGGAUAAGGAAAUGGGAGGAUAAGGAAAUUGGGAGGGGGAUAAGGAAAUUUAGGAGGGGGAUAAAGGAAGUGGGAGGGAGAAGAAGUGGAGAGGGGGGAUAAAAGAAAGAUUGGGAGGGAGGAGGAAAUUGAGAGGGGGGAUAAGAAAAGAUUGGGAGGGAGGAGGGAAUUGGAGAGGGGAGAUAAAAAAGAAAAUUGGGAGGGGAGAAAGGAAAUUGGAGAGGGGAUAAGAAAGAUUGGGAGGAGGAAAUUGGAGGGGGGGAUCAAGGAAGAUUGGGAGGGGGGGAUAAAGAAAGAUUGGGAGGAGGAAAUUGGAGAGGGGGGAGAUAAAGAAAGAGAAAUUGGGAGGGGGAGAAGGAAAUUGGAGAUGAGGAUAAAGAAAGAAAUUGGGAGGGGGAGAAGGAAAUUGAAGGGGGGGAGAUAUUGACAUUCAUCACACACAAUGCACCCCAUGCACACAGAAAAACACACAAUGCAUUACACACAGACACACAAACACAAGCAAUGCAACUGUUACACACAAUGCAUCCCUUACAAACACACAAUGCAUUCAUUACACACACUCAAUGCACCCCUUACACACACUCAAUGCAUCCCGUAAAUACACAGAAACACACCUUGCAGCCCUUACACAUACAAACACAGAUUCACACAAUGCAUUCCUUACGCACAUAUCAGGACAUCCCCUACACACUCCACCCCCUGUGAACAAACUCAUUGGUGGAACAUGAAGGUGGACCCUGGGACCCAGACCUUGAGCUGUGUAAAGGGCCCCCCAAAAAAUGGAGCGGCUUCCCGUUCUCCCAGAACAUUGAUUUUUGUGACCACAGUUACAAACCGCCUCCAGAGAGCCUGUUCUACACCAGACCAGUGGAGCAAGAUGGCAGCUAGAGCCCAUCAUCAUCCUCAUCUGGUUGUAAGUAGGCAAUCUAGUAUAUUAUUCGUGGCACUAAUCUCUAAUUUACCUCACAUUAAAGAAACACGAUAGUCCCCAGAACCACUGCAGCUUACUGUACUGGUUCUGGUGUCUAUAGCCUGUCCCUGCAGGCCUUUUAAUGUAAACACGGCGGCACUGCAGCACUGGCGUUAGAUAACAUGGCAAAUUAUAUGGGUGGGGCAUUGUGAUGUCACAUGGGGGGGCGGCAAACUUUACUUUUGCCUAGGGCAGCAAAAAUCCUUGCACCGGCCCUGGCUGGAGGGGGCUGUGUGAGCUUUGGCCGCACAGUGCCCCAUGGUAGUUAGGGUGCCGUGUGGCCAGUACAGCUCACACAAGCAAACAGCUGAUAAACUGGCCACGGAUGAAAAGUGGGGCGGACCUAAGCAAAAUUGGAGGCGGAGCCAAACUGGCACUGGGGGCGGGGCUCUGGGGGGGCAAGGGGGUACCAAGCACAGGAUCCGCCCCGGGUGCCAAAUGCUCUAGGUACGCCCUUGAGUCAGGGUUAGGUUAUAAAAAAAAAAUCCAAAUCUUUGAUGAUCCCCAGGAGCACCAUCAAAUCUAUCAUAACCAAAUGGAAAGAACAUGGCACAACAGCAAACCUGUCAGGAGACGGCCGCCCACCAAAACUCACGGACCGGGCAAGGAGGGCAUUAAUCAAAGAGGCAGCACAGAGACCUAAGGUAACCCUGGAGGAGCUGCAGAGUUCCACAGCAGAGACUGGAGUAUCUGUACAUAAAACGUCAAUAAGCCGUAUGCUCCAAAGAGUUGGGCUUUAUGGCAGAGUGGCCAGAAGAAAGCCAUUACUUUCAGCAAAAAACAAAAUGGUAUGUUUUGAGUUUGCGAAAAGGCAUGUGAGAGACUCCCAAAAUGUAUGGAGGAAGGUGCUCUGGUCUGAUGAGACUAAAAUUGAACUUUUCGGCUAUCAAAGAAAACGCUAUGUCUGGCGCAAACCCAACACAUCACAUCACCAAAAGAACACCAUCCCCACAGUGAAACAUGGGGGAUGGUAGCAUCAUGCUGUGGGUAUGUUUUUCAGCAGCCGGGACUGGGAAACUGGUCAGAGUUGAGGGAAAGAUGGAUGGUGCUAAAUAUAGGGAUAUUCUUGAGCAAAGCCUGUACCACUCUGUGCGUGAUUUGAGGUUAGGACGGAUGGUCACCUUCCAGCAGGACAAUGACCCCAAACACACUGCUAAAGCAAACACACUGCUAAAGCAACACUUGAGUGGUUUAAGGGGAAACAUGUAAAUAUGUUGGAAUGGCCUAAUCAAAGCCCAGAUCUCAAUCCAAUAGAAAAUCUGUGGUCAGACUUAAAGUUGCUGUUCACAAGCGCAAGCCAUCCAACUUGGAGGAGCUGGAGCAGUUUUGCAAGGAGGAAUGGGCAAAAAUCCCAGUGGUAAGAUGUGGAAAGCUCACAGAGACUUAUCCAAAGCGACUUGGAGCUGUGAUUGGCUCUACAAAGUAUUGACUUUAGGGGGGUGGGGUGAAUAGUUAUGCACAUUGACUUUUUCUCUUAUUUUGUCCUAUUUGUUGUUUGCUUCACAAUAAAAAAAAAAAAAAAUUCAAAGUUGUGGGCAUGUUCUGUAAAUUAAAUGAUGCAAUGUUAAUUCCAGGUUGUGAGGCCACAAAACACGAAAAAUGCCAAGGGGGUGAAUACUUUUGCAAGGCACUGUAACUUUUAGUUAGAUAUUAAAAUGCAUCAUAACUCCAAAGAGAACUAUCUAGUUUAAGUGGUAUAUCACAGGCAGACAACAUCCCCUGUGUAAAGAAAUAUGAAUAUCCUUUAAAUAAAUAUUUGAAUAUCCUCACAUAAUCACCCAUAAUUCCCUUACUCCUCUGAUUAUCCUCGCUGCACCUGCCCACAUUACCUAUAUUUUUCUACGUUUCUUCCUAAGUAACUCUUGGCCCUUUAAAUAUUUUCUUGGUAGGAACCAGGAGUUAUCUAUUCAGCUGAAUACCCUUAACAUAACUAUAAUUAAAUUAUUCCUCAUCAUUGCAUAACCCAUAAUAUUAUCUAGUACAUUGUAUUAUCUAUUUUUAAUGUUCUCUAAGCUGGUUAAUAGAUGCUUCGAAUAUGAAAUAUUUAUUUGAUGAAUUCACAAUGCUCCCAGAAGUUUGACUACAUUUGGGGUUUUGAGACCUUAACUGGUUUGCAUUGUAUGUGUUCACAGCCUCAGUCUUCAGUCUGGUAUCUGAAGCUACUAUCAGUCUUACAUGUACACUCCCAUAGCUUGAAUGUAUCCUUUUAUAUUUAAUGGAGUGUAUCAGUAGCUUUCUGCUCUGUCUACCCACAAUAAUUCACUGUACAAAUAAAAAUAAGACCUAUUCAUAACCUGUUACACCUUUGUUAAUAAAUACGGUCAUAGAUUUCACACUGUAUUCGUAGGGUUUGUUAUCACUUGUAGCAGAACUGAAAAAGUUAGAAGAUGUGGAUGAAAAUGGGCUAAGAAUCGUACUGCUGGGACUCGAUAAUGCUGGCAAAACUACCAUCCUUACCCGGUUAGCCUUGGAGGAAAUCAAGUGUAUAACUCCUACACAGGUAUGUGAGAAAGGCCAAGUUACAAAAAAGGAUUUAUUUACUCACUAAACUGGGCAUUAUGGGAAAUUAACAAUAUAACUACAAAUGUUGGGACCAAAGGAUAUAUGGCUGAUAAAGCUACUUUGGCCUAAAAUCAACAAUGAAUUUUACUAUAGGGGAAUUUAUCAAGCCAACAUUGACAAUAAUAGCUAAAUGUUGAUUGAGAGACAGUCUAUGGGUCUCACUGGUGCUUGCUCCAGAUUAGGAUAUUAUGUUGCCUUGAUAAUUCGCUGCACUAUGUUUUUUUUUUGUUUUUUUUUAGCUGUUCUCCCAGCAUCAUAAUUUGAUCUUAGUUGGGUGCCCCAGCCACAAAAAAGUAAAAUCUCACAAUUCUCGGUGAUCAUGGCCUUUUUGAUUGAAAUCAGUUUUUUCCUAAUAAUCUUCAUUGUGUUGAACGCUCACUAGCAUUGUGGAGAUUUAGACUGGAGUGUGGAUUAUUAAUGUGGAUUUAGGUCCUCAGCCCCCUUAGAUCACUCUGAAAAUGUGUUUACUUACUGUUUUUACUCACCCUUUUUCCAACGUCAUGCCUGUCUCACCACGGCUGGCACGAUUUGCUCGGCCUCGAUAGGAAAUAAAUGCAACUCUAUGGAGAACGUUCAGCGCCUCCAUGCAGAGAGUGGAGAUGGUGAACACCAGUACUGCACACUGUGCAGCACUGCCCCAGGAAGCUCCUCUAGUGUCCGUCUGAGUGACUACAGCUAGAGAUGUUACUAGGCACCAAUGUAAACAUUGCCUUUUCUCUGAAAAGGAAGAGUUUACAUUGAAAAGCCUGCAGGAACUGCCUAUACACACCAGAGCAACUACAUUAAGCUGGAGUUGUUCUUUUGACUAUAGUGUCCCUUUAAUGUCACAACAGCUGAACUGGAACAAUUAUCUUAGUCAGCUAUGUUUCGGUUCUGAUAGUUUGUCCUUAAAUUUUAAAUUCACUCUGAAUUCAUUCUGAAUCCUCCCUUUAGUAAAUAACCAGGUUGUUGUUUUUUUAAAAAAUAAUUUUCAGAAUUGUCCUUACCAUUUACAGGAUAGAAAUUCUCUACCAAGUUUCCUCUCAUCUAACACUUUCUCGGAUAUUAUCAUCCCUGUUCUCAGGUUGUGUAUUGUGUAUUGUGUUUAGGAUAAUGUAUGUCAGCUCCCCUGCUCUGUUGUAUCACUGUAUGAAACACGAGUUACAAUGUAAAUGAAUGUAGCAAACAUGCCUACUGUAAUUAGAUAAUCAGAUUAUUGAGCAGUCUGGUGACAACCUGUAGUAGAUUCCCAGCAUUAGUGUUACCGGGGUAGCAACCUCAGAUCGCAGUAACGAUUAGUAAUACACAUGCUCAAAUGUCCUCUAUUCUCUGUUUGAAUAAAACUAGCUUUUCCAGAUUGGUUAAAUGUAUGCAGUAAUGUUGGCCAAUUGUUUGCAAAUGAGCAGCAUAUAAUUACAUUUUUGACUGUUGUCUUUUUGUUCUGUUUACUCAAUCUUACUUAACACACAGGGAUUCAGUUACAGCCUAUGGCUAUAUUGUUUUAAAGGGACACUCCACUGCCCAAAUACAAAAUAAAUAAAAAUCACUGUUUAGUAGAUAUAUCUUAAGUGAAAACGUGCAUACAUUUAAUAAUGUAUUUUUUUAAUGGAGAUAUAUCUAAAAUCAGCACAAAAUACCUGCUGUUGUCAUCUGCUGCCUUUGCAAGCCCUCCCCUUCUAACCCCGCCCAGACUUUCUGUGGCUGUCCAAUCACAGACUUCCCAAUGCAGCUCAAUGAGAAGUCUUUGUAAGUCGGGUGCUCUUGGCAAUUGCCGCUUCUUGAGGUCAGCUACAUUGAGCUAACAAACUCAGGUUACAUUACCUGUUGUCUGCUUAAAAGCCAAGGGGGUGUAAGCAGGUUAAUUUAAAUAAGUGUAAAUUUCUAUUGAAAUCUGCCGUUUUUGCAAAAAAAAAAAAAAAAAAAUACACUUUUCACACAAAGUUUUCCUAUAAGCUAAUGUUGUUUAGGGGACCCUUUAAGCCCAUCACUACAUCAAAGUCCCCCAAUAUUGGUGGGUUCUACACUAAUUUUAACAAGGGAGAUUAACUUGCUUACUGCUUAAACUGCUUCCAGAGACUCUCCUCAAUUUAUGAUUCCUUGUCAUCAGCUCCAAAGAGGAACCUACAUUGGGUGGAGUGCUUAACACAAAAGGAAUCUAGUCUGGACUCCAAAUAAACACAGAACAAAAAUGGAACUGAAGGCACAUCCAGAACAUGCAUUUCUCAGUAGUAGUGCUGCCGUAAGGACCAAAAUAUAUACAAUGUGUAUAUCCGGAAUUUAGAACAGAUUCCAUUUGGGUUGAGAACCUCACUCCCACACUAUAGGUGCCCUUUUGGAGGGGACCACAGGAAAGCAUAAACUGAGCAGAGUCUCUAAAAGCAGUUUAUGCAGUAAAUAUUGCAGUUAGCAUGUAAAUCUCCCAUGUUAAAAUUAGUGUAUGACAAACCGAUAUUGGGGUACUGUGACGUAGUGGUGGGCUUAACACAAUAUAAUGGCGCUGAAUCACCAUAAUUGAUUUGGGAAUAUAAGUGAUUUUAAAUAGCCUUGUAAAAUGCUAAAAUUAUUAUUAUUUUUUGUGUGUGUGAGUGCUGUUUUCAGUCUGUAUUUUGUAUAUAUUUUAGUCUUUACGGCAGCCUCACUACUGAGAAAUUCAUGUUCCAGGUGUGUCCCCAAUACCUUUGUUUUGGUUAUUCACCAGAAAAUGUUUAAAGUCUCCAAAUAGUCAUUCUGCACCACAGAUUUACCAUGAUGGACCAGAGAAGAGAGGGAGGGGUUGUAUGCAGUUACUGUUUACCUCCCUGCAGAUACAGUUCUUUGUAUCCUCUAUAAAAGCAAAAACAGAACUAUCACCGUAAUAACAUGUAAAUAGCGCAAAAAUAAGUAUACAAUAUACUUAUCAAAUAAGUCAAAUGGACAGCCUCCCUAAGAUGACUUUCCAGGUGGUGAUCUUGUUAAGCCAGAAUACAAGCAAGUCACAUAUGGGAUACGGCUGAAAAAUCUAAAAGAAGCAAACAAAACAUAGUGUAAUACAAUUUAAACAAGAUAUAUGCGCUAUGACUGAAUGCAUUCACAAGAUAUAGACGUAUUAUGCGCUCAAAGGGUGCCUCCCCCGAUGUAAUUGGGGGGCUAUGGAUCCAUCUCCUUGGUCUGCAGAUGUAGCAGGAAAUCAGGACUCCAGAUGGUUAUAUUAAAAAUAACAGCUUUUCUUACAAAUUAAUAAAAUUAGUAAUGCUAUUAACAGAGCAGUAGUUGUGGUCUUACACGUUUCGUCCCACAAUUGGAACUUCCUCAGAGACCAUAUCUAGUUGUCAGUUUAGUGUUAUAUUCCUCCUGGUCACCCUUGCCAAACAAGUUACAAGUUAAAGAAAGAUCCAUAUUCCCACAUAUAUUUAGGGGAACAUGGUGGAAGGCAGAUUUUUAUAGUGCAAUAGAAACUGGGCAUCACCUAGCACUACAGGUCACGGCUGUGAAUUCAAAUAUUUAAUUUUAUUUAUUGAGCUGGGGAGGAAGGAGGCCACUGAACAAUCACAAUUAAUUUUUAAUCCUUCACCGGCCAUACAUAAGUGAGAGGAAAGGGGGGAUCAUUGAGCAAGUUGUUCUCUAUAGACCCCCAUAAAAUUAUUUAUAAUCAUUACUGCACAGGGACAGGAGCACUCUAUUUUCAGCCACUCACCAAUGGAGAUCUCGAUUUGUUUUGAUCAUUUUUAAAACUAUUUUUGAUGAGCAGCUCAUUAAAUCUCAGAGUCAGAGAUAAUUUUGUAAAAGAUCGGUAUUUGAUAAACAUCCACAUGGUUUUGAUUGAUAUUCUUAUGUGCAGACAGUUUUGCUCCUUUUUUCUUGUGAAUUUCCCCCAAAAAAAUAUUCCUACAAACUUUUUUGUACUGUUUUAUCCAAGCAGAUUCUUUGUGUUUUGUAACUUAUUCAGUGAUCUUAUUGCAGGGUUUUAACAUCAAAAGUGUCCAAUCGCAAGGAUUAAAGCUAACAGUAUGGGACAUCGGGGGUCAAAGAGCAAUCAGAACACAUUGGAAGAAGUACCUUGGAAGCACAGAUCUACUAGUAAGUUGUUUGUCAUUCUAACUUGGAAAAACAUGUGAACACACAAAACACACAAUUGUAUUGACUCAAAAAACAAACUGCAGAAAGUAGGCGAAAAUACACGAGCGGUUAUUAUAGCCAGUGGAAUUUGUUUUCCAAAUCAACUUUUUGUCUAAACUUUGUUCUACAAGUAAACUUUAGGAAUAUUUCAUCUAAAAUCCCAAGCGUUUUCCUUUACUAUUUAUGAAAUACCCAAAUGAACAUCAUAAGCUUGUAACAAGCAAUGUAAUAAUAAUAAAAUAUGAAGAAAAUUAAAGGGAAAGUAUAAUUAGCACCUUCAUAAUUGUGAACUUUUAUUAUCAUGUGAAGAUACUGUCAUUCGGACAGCACACUUGAUGGACAUACAUGGUUAUUGACUAGAUACACAAUUGUGGAGAAUUGAAAAUCUAAAUUACAAGAUUGAGGUUAAAACAGCAGCUUUUUUAAACCCCCGUUUUUUUUUUUUGUAGUUAGUUUUGUUUUUCAUUUUUAUUGUAUUAUUAAUAUUGUAAUUGUUACAUUAUACACUUAUUGUACUACUUGUUACUAUCGAUAUGUACAAUUAUAUUAAUGUGUAAAAUUAAUUAAAAACAUAUGGAUAGAAAAGUGAAGCGGCAUUCAUGGUGCAGAGCAAUUGCCAUGGAAACCAUUACUAUAAUCAGAUUUCCAUGGUAACUGUUCCACUUUUAGAGUGUUGAUCAGCUUUUCUGUUAUUGAAGUCUCCCCCUAAAUAUUCACAGAAAUUGCACUGUUUACAUCAUGGGUUGUCAACCUGGUCCCUACCGCCCACUAGUGGGCGUUUCAGGAUUCCAGGUGGGCGGUAGGGAUUUCCUCAUUUGGAGAGAUUGGGUGGGCGGGCAGGUGCGAGCUGGCGGUACCCAAGCGACCGGGUACCACCAUCACCAUUUGCGGCCCCGGCCUGGGCGGCAAAACGUCGGGGCCGCCGUCCAAGGGGUCCAUCGGGUGGCCCAUGCUGUCAGGGCCACCCGAUGGAUGUGGAUUGUGAGGGGGCCCGGUCAGCACUGUGCGCUUUAACAGCGCGACCGGACCCUCUGUGAUUACAUCACAGAGCUGGAAGGAAGUGACUGCACGUCACUCCUCCCAGCUAACACUGAGAGCCGAGCGGGAGGAAGACCAGGGAGUCAGAGUGGGAACUCUGACUCCCAUCCACCUAAGCCACCACUGGACCCCAGGGAAAGUCACCCUCCUGCACCUUAAAGGUAGGAAACAGGAGGGUGACUUAAAUAUAAUGUGUGUGUUUGUUUGUGUGUGUCUUGUCUUUGUAUGUAUGUGUUGUGUGUGUAUGUGUCUUUAUGUAUGUGUGUCUUAUGUAUGUGUCUGUGUGCAUGUGUCUGUAUGUUUGUAUGUGCCUGUCUGUUUGUGUCUUUGUAUGUGUAUGUGUAUGUAUGUGUGCCUGUCUGUUAUAGUGGGCUAUAGUAAGUGGGCUACCUAGCUCAGCCUUUCUACUGGGAAUUGCUAUAAGUAAGGUUAAAAAAUAGAAAAAAAAAAAAAAGGUGGGGAGGGGAAUUGAGGAGGGAGAGGAGGGGAGCUGACGCACAGAUGAGAAAUCAUAUUAUGCGCAAACAGAGAAGUCGUCUGAAUAUCACCGAAAGAGGAGACCUUCGUUUGUUCCUUACGAAAAUCGAACCAGAUAUCAAAUAUUUAGUCUCGCAGCAUCAACCUCAAGGAUCUCAUUAAUCACUAGUAAAGGUAAUUUCAAUUUACUUUGUUUUCUCAUUAAACUUUAUAAAGUUAAAAACAUUAUAAACAUGUAUUAAGUAGAAAUAAAAAGAUAAAUGUACGUACAUUUUUUUUAAAACGCCCUCCUUUCUAACAAAUAUUCUGCACUUGCGCGAAACUGGUGGGCGGUAAGGAAAUUUUUCCAUCAAGAAAGAUGCAUUAGUGGGCGGUAGGAAGAAAAAGGUUGACUACCACUGGUUUACAUCAUCAAGGCUGCAGGGGCAGCAUGUAUGCCACAAAAUCAUUUCAGUAAGACAUGAUUCUGAUGCUUAGACUGUCCAUUUAGGAGCUCCCCUUGAAUUUCUGAUGAAUACAUUUUUUUUUUUUUUUUAAAUAACACACAAAAAAAAUGCAAAGCUAUUACUAUGCCUUUCAUCCAUAUUCCGAUAUAGAACAGUUGAGUAGAUCAGCUGAUGAUUGUUAAUAAAUUCUGUCCAAACACUGGCUCAAUUGAUGUCACUAAUUUGGAAGUAGGAACUAUGCAAUAGUAAUAAGGGCCGGACCAGAGGGCCCGGGAUAAGUAAGAGUCAAACCAUUUGAAAUGAUAUUAUUUUAUUAUUUAUAUAGCGCCAUCAGAUUCCUUAGCGCUGUACAAUGGAUGAACUAACAGACAUGUAAUUAUAACUAAAUGUAUAAAUAUAACCAGACAAGUGGACGUACAGGAACAGAGAGGUGGAGGGCCCUGCUCAAUGAACUUAGAUUCUAGAGUUAUAUGACUUCUUACCGUGGAAUAUCUUGCUAUUGCAUUGUUGUCCAUUAGAAAAUCCACUAAGGUUAAUUGACAGCACUGUGUUUUCUCUCUUUGUUGUAGAUUUAUGUGGUGGACAGUGCAGACCAGAAACGCUUUGAAGAAACUGGACAGGUAGAACCAGAUGUUAAUGUCUAUUAUCUGUUCUAUAGCAUAUCAAAAUAAUAGAUUAAAGUGAGAACUGUCAGCAAUUCAAUGUGAAAUUCAGCAGAAUUUUUAGUUUAUUUUGAAUUACUAACAAUUAACAUUUUAGUGAAUAACUCUAUCAGUAAACCUAAUGCAAGUUCAAUUAAUUUACUCCCUAUUGACCUAGAGUUUCUCUGAGAUUGCUUGCUUCCCCUCAUUGUUAAAGGACCACUCUAGGCACCCAGACCACUUCAGCUUAAUGAAGUGGUCUGGGUGCCAGGUCCAGCUAGGGUUAACCCAUUUUUUAUAAACAUAGCAGUUUCAGAGAAACUGCUAUGUUUACAAAUGGGUUAAUCCAUCCCUCAAAUCCUCUAGUGGCUGUCUCAUUGACAGCCACUAGAGGCGCUUGCGUGAUUCUCACUGUGAAAAUCAGUUAGAACACGCAAGCGUCCAUAGGAAAGCAUUGUAAAUGCUCUCCUAUGAGACCGGCUGAAUGCGCGCGCAGCUCUUGCCGCGUGUGCGCAUUCAGCCGAAAGGGAGGAAAGGAGGAGGAGGAGAGCUCCCCGCCCGGCGCUGGAGAAAGGUACGUUUUAACCCCUUUCCUUUCCCCAGAGCCGGGCGGGAGGGGGUCCCUGAGGGUGGGGGCACCCUCAGGGCACUAUAGUGCCAGGAAAACGAGUAUGUUUUCCUGGCACUAUAGUGGUCCUUUAAUGAAUGCAUUCUGUAAUUUUCCAGAUAUGUUUAGUGCCAUGUUACUGCUCUAGUAAAUUAGCAACAAUUGUCAGUUUAUUCUCGUCUACUGUUUGGUCACCUCCUUAUUAAUAUGUAUAAAUCUAUGUAACCCCUUUCCGGUCAGGAUUCACAUGUAGUAGAGAUUGACUUCUUGGGUUGGGUUAAAGCAGGACACUAUGGAACUUCUAGAAGUCAUUAAUUAGAAUGUUUCCAUUGUAUCCCCUGAUCUACCCAUGUGGUCUUUGGCCCUGUUCAACGUUACCCUUCUAGAGUUUGGUUGAUUUGAGUGAAAGAAGGAAUUGUGCUGUUAACAGUUUGUUCUCUUUAGGAGCUAGCAGAACUAGUAGAAGAAGACAGUCUACUGGGGGUUCCCUUGUUAGUGUUUGCAAACAAACAGGAUUUGCUGAGUGCGGCCUCUGCUGCAGAUAUUGCCUCUGGAUUAAACCUGCAUACGUAUCGGGAUAGAACGUGGCAGAUUCAAGCCUGUUCUGCAAUCUCUGGAGAAGGCAUACAGGUAACUCCAUGAAAUAUACAGUGCCUCUACCUUUUGACAGUGAUAACCAGCAGUUUACUAAUGCAGAAGCACUGAUCUCGACGUGCAAGCAAAAAAAAACAGGGUGCACAACAGUGUGAAAAAGAAAAAUAGAGGAAUGUUUAAGGCUCUUUAAAAUCUUUUAUUCUAUAAACGGCAGCAGCGGUUGGUAAUGGUGAUGGCUGCUGUUAUUACAAAAAAGGUUUUAAAAAGCCCUUGAAGGUUUUUUUGUGCUUGUUUUUUUUGCACCAUUGCAUUGUCAAUUUUUCAUAAGACAAGAUUGAUUUCUUCUGCCUUACAUUUGGGGUUUCGGACAGCUUCGAAAUUAUUAAUAUAUCAGCUAGGGGUAAUCAGAGACAUAUUUAAAAUGAAACAAAGGCUACAUCGAUUAUAUAUGACAUUCCCAUUGAUUGCAUGGAAGUCAAAUGCCUGCUCAAAUAUUACAUCCCAUCUACCACACAUUAUGUCAUUAACCCAGCUUUAUCAAUAUGGUAGCUAAAAGGUAGAGUUUAAAUGAACACCAUAACCACUACAGCACACUGUAGUAGUCAGUAGUCAAUACACUUUUCUAACGGUUUAACGUCUUACCUUGGUUCUGAUGGGCACCGCUCCCUGCCUCCUCACAACCUCACCAUUGGAAUCUUCACUGUGGUGCAGGGCUUAGCUUAUUGGCUGAGACCAAUCAGCUGACCUAAGGAAAGCUCCAGGCGUGAGAGCCCAGCCUUAAAAAUGCAGGUAGCGGCACCCGUUGGACCCCAGGUACGAAGUCAAAGCAGUUUGAUUACUUACAUUCAGUGGGUGCUAGGUCAUGGGAGGCAUGUACUAUAGUGAUUAUGGUGCUGGGAUUAUUUCUUUAAGAAAUAAAAACCUUAUUAAUAGUUAUUAGUAUGUGCCCAAAAGUAAUAUUGUGGAUACCUCUUUUUUUUUAGCAGUAUACUAUAUGUAUAUUUGUUAAGUUGUGCUUAACGAUUUAAAGGUAUUGCAUACCUCCCAACAUCACAUUAAGCAGGACGCUGAUGAGGGGUAAAAAGUGACGGGCCUGUGAAGAUGUACAUUACAUGUAUUGCUAUUUGCGUUCAAGUAGACACAGUCUAGAGUGCCACAUACACAUCCAUUACAGAUGUCAUUUUUGUAGUUUAUAUGAGUAACCUGGGUCGCUAUAAAUGACACUGUAAUAAAGCAAAAUUAUAGCAUCACUAUAAGUGAAGUCAUUUUUGUCAACAUUUUAAAGUGACCAUGCUACAUGCACCAUCACAACUAACUGCUACAGACAUAGACAUAGCUGUUUCAGCUACAAUUACAAAUGUUAUCAUGUUUGACUUUUAUUAUAUACUGUUCAUUGAUAUUCGCAAUGUAUGUAUUUUUUUUUUAAUGUGUUAUUCACAGACAGGACAUUAUCUUUAUUUACGAAUUUCUCUAUUUAGGAUGGAAUGAACUGGAUAUGUAAAAAUAUCAAGAAGAAGUAAAUAUCAUCUAAAAAGGAACAAGAAAUCGCCUCCAAUCUGAAUUCAAUGUGUAUUAACCAUAUUUACAGCUAAUGAAGAUUGUUCAGCACUUACAUCCAAUACAACACGAUUUACCUUUUUUUUCCCCACAAGUUUCUCACUAUAAUCAAAUGAAGGAUGAUGUUGACACUGCAGACGUUUAUAAUCAAAACCUGAUUCCCGUAUAAUGUUACUAAUUCCAGAUCCUGGAGAGGAUUCGUGACACAAUAGUGAAAAUGAAUGGCACUAAGCUGUUUAAUCUAUUUUUACCAACAUGAAUAUUAAAUCCUUUAAGCCAAAUGGCGGCUCUGGUUUCUCUUAAUACCUAAACCUUGGAAGAAUAAUCACAGAUGAAUACUUCCUAUACAUGAAAUACAUCCAGAAAAUUACCUUUUUUGUCAUUUUACCCCACUGUCUGUAGAACAUUCGAGCAGGGCCCUCAUCCCCCUCUGUUCCGGUGCAUUCAAGUCGCCUUGUAAAUACUUGUCCAUUAGUUCACCUAUUGUACAGCGCUACAGAAUUUGUUGGCGCUUUAUAAAUAAUAAAAAUAUAAUAUAUAUACAGUUCUAGAUCUGUCAAAAUAGUCCCAA